AUGUCUGGAUGGGGUUAUCUGGCCAUGGUUUGUGUCUACCUCUACGGUGUAAUCUACUGUGCAUCUUGGCAGGGGAUCACAUGGCUUUAUGCAUCUGAGAUCUAUCCUCUUUAUCUCCGGUCCCUAUGCAUGGCCCUCACUAUCGCCGAUGAGAGACUUUGGUCUUAUGUUGUGUCUCGCUCGACACCGUACAUGAACUCUGAUAUCGGUUACGGAACAUACUUCUUUUUUGGGGCCCUAAUGGUAUGCAUGGGCUUUUGGGCUUGGUGGUGCAUCCGUGAGACUAAGGGAGUGCCUAUUGAAGAGAUGGACGCCCUGUUCGGUGCCCCUCAUGCGAACAUGGAAGAUUCAGGCCCCAAGUCCGCCUGA